AUGGAUUCGACUUCCCUGCAGUACAAACUCACGUUAGAGACAUCUAGCGAACAAACAGGAAUAUUGCAAGAUGAAGUGCGGCCUAUGGAAAUGGUACCUGCACUUUCCACUAACUUUGGAAUAUCUUCUGCUCUGGCCCCAUCGCCUUUGAAAACGACUUCGAGUGGAAAAUGCCUCGGUUUGUUCUCCGAAGACAAUUCGACUUGUGGAUCGCUAGGAAGCUCAGAUCAGGAGAUAGUUGCUGUGUCACCUGAGGCAGGACAAUUCCUUACAAACCAGCUUCGAAAUGACAGUCAUAUAUCUUCGUUUACUAGCUACCGGCACAACCUGUGCACCAGAGGUGAAUACCCUACAAACUCCCCAAUUUAUCAACAUUGGCCUUUAGAAUAUCCCCGGGCUGCACCUGUCCAGACCCACACAGACCCCAGCAAUCAGAGCAUGCCUGCCUUUAGCCAUUCUCAGUACUGCGGAGCACCGUUUUCAGGAGGAGCAUUCAAUACCGCAAUGGCCGGUGUCCCAAGGCAUUUAGCUUUGGGGUUUACAUCGCAGUGGUCAGCGUCUCAAAAUCCGACACACAGGCAAAGGAAAAAACGAAUCCCUUACAGCAAACAGCAAAUCGCUGAACUGGAAAUGGCUUUUGAAAACAAUCGAUUCCUCACUCCUGAAGUCCGCUUAAACAUUUCGUUCAAGUUAGGUUUAACAGAAAGGCAGGUGAAAAUAUGGUUCCAAAACCAGCGACAGAAAGAGAAAAAACUUCACCGUAUACAACAAUCGGUAAAGCCAGACUGCCCCGGACUGUGA